AUGGGACGUUUGCGAGCGGCAGUUGAGGGUUCCCCAGAAGUUGAGAUUCUCGACGAUUCUGAUGCAGCCAUUGUCCGGUUAAAGCUAGUGGUCAAGUUGCCGCUGUCAAUCGUGAGGAAGGCGGUGGAAUCGAAUGCUUCAGCUGACCUCGUCAUAGAGUCUCAGGUGGAAGCCGUGCUAGAAAAUGUGAUACAGGAUGUCGCGAAGGAUCACAUAGUCACUGAGAAAUCGACUUCUCUCCCUCCUCCUGGGCUCGGUCCGGCCUACUGUGCCGACGAUUCCAGUGCAUCCACUGGCCACGACAUUUGGAGCUUGAGCGGAGGAGCUGAGCCUGAGGACCCGUUCGAUAGAGUGCCUGUGAGAGCGUGCAAGGCAGAACCCCAUUACCACGACUACACCGAGAGGUUCAAAUGGGACUGGAAUUCGGCACGGUACAUGCUGCGGGAUGCCGAGCAAAGGAACCACCAGCGGCAGGAGCAUCUCAAGGAAGCCUAUGUGAAGUUACAUUGCCAAAAUGCAGCCUCGGGUGNNNNCGGUAGAAAAUUUAAAAAAAAGCAUUUUCUCAAAAGAAGUUGGUAA